CCCCCUCCAACGCUCCGCGAGAUACGGGCUCCGUGCACCGCAUCAGUCCAUCUCAGUCCCAAUAAAGAAAAAGGAGAAAAGUAGCAGAGAAGAGAGUGCCGUUUCCUUUUCCUCUCUCCCUGUGAAUUUGGGUAUUCAGAAAACCUUCUCAAACCAGUGCGCUGUUUCGAUCCUUCAACCAGCGGUCUCUUUUCACCAUCCGGAAACCCUCGCAGCAGCGGACUGGAUUUUUCACUCGCCGAGGGAUCAGAUAAGUGAUAUUUACAUCAAGGCAUCCUUCUGAUUUUGAUGUUGGGAGUCAUGUACCAUGUUGUUCAAGAUUUCACAUUGCUUGGUAUGCCAAGUUUAUCUAGAACCUGCAGUUCAGGACUCAUUUUCUGAUUCGGCAGCAAAUCUGCAAAUUGUUGUAAAUGUCUCUCUUUAGCAGGUUCUUUUAUAGGAGGCCUCCUGAUGGUUUGCUAGAAUUCCUUGACAGAGUUUAUGUUUUUGAUUCAUGCUUCUCUACCGAGGUUUUAUCUGAUGGAAUAUACCAUAUCUACUUGCGUGAAAUUGUUACUGAGCUCCACGAAGAAUUUGCCGAUUCUUCCUUUCUUGCAUUUAACUUCAGAGAGGGAGAAAAGAGAAGCCAAUUUGCAGAAGUUCUCUGUGAAUAUGAUAUCACUGUCAUUGAUUACCCACGACAGUAUGAAGGCUGCCCUCUUCUUCCUUUGUCUCUUAUUCAGCACUUCCUUCGUGUCAGUGAAAAUUGGCUGUCUCGCAGGAGUAAUCAAAACAUUAUUUUGCUCCAUUGUGAGAGAGGGGGUUGGCCACUCUUAGCAUUUCUUUUAGCUUGUUUUUUGAUAUUUAGAAAAUUGCACAGUGGAGAACGGAAAACUCUAGAAAUUAUUCAUCGUGAGGCUCCUAAAGGAUUUUUACAACUUCUAUCACCACUGAAUCCAUUCCCAUCCCAGCUCCGUUACUUGCAUUAUGUUGCUAGAAGGAAUAUUUCUCCAGAAUGGCCUCCUAUAGAACGAGCUCUUUCUUUGGAUUGCCUCAUUCUUCGUGCUUUUCCAAGCUUUGAUUCUGAUAAUGGAUGCAGACCAUUAGUCCGUAUUUUUGGCUGUAAUCUCCAUAGCGAAGAUGGCCUUUCAACCAGCAUGCUUUUUUCAAUGCCCAAGAAGAAAUCCUUGCGACACUACAGACAGGAAGAUUGUGAUGUGAUUAAAAUUGAUAUCCAAUGCUUAGUUCAAGGUGAUGUUGUCUUGGAAUGUGUUCAUCUUGAUUUUGAUCCAGAAAGGGAGGUUAUGAUGUUCCGCAUCAUGUUCAAUACUGCUUUCAUUCGGUCGAAUAUAUUGAUGCUGAACUGUGAUGAUGUGGACAUACUUUGGGAUUCAAAGUACCUGUAUCCAAAAGGUUUUAGAGCAGAGGUGCUUUUUGGCGACAUUGAAAAAAUCUCUCCUCCCAGAGUUCCAACUGCAACUUUAAAUGGUGAUAUAAAAGGUGGAUUGCCUCUAGAAGCUUUUUCAAGGGUGCAAGAACUUUUUAGUGGUGUUGAAUGGGUUGAAAGCAAUGAUGCUGCUGCCUUUUGCUUGGUCAAACAAAUCUCAGCAAAUUACCUGCAAGAAAAAUUUGAUGUGAAGGAAUUUUCAAGGCUGCAAAGUAAAGUUGGUAUAGGGAUGCCACUGAUCUCACCUUUAGACUCUGAUGAAGAAAAAGAGUCUGUAACUUCAGAUUCUGUUUCUUCAGUGGACCAUGAAAAGGUUCAACAUGGUACAAGCAUCACUACAGAAUUAGAAAACACACCUAAUGAUAAUACAAAUCAAGAUUCUAAUUUGACAGGAUUUGCACAGUCAACUUCCUCUAUGGUUAUGAUUCAGGACAACAGUAUGCCUCCAUUGCCACCACCUUCAAGACCUUCAUUUCCUCCCUCUGCAGUUAGUCUCACAUCUAAACCAUCAGAAACACUCACUGCUCUGCCCCAAGCUCCUCCCUCUCCACCUCAUGAUUCGUCAAAUAAAGUUACUUUUUGGUCCCAUCCUUCCCCUUCUUCGCCUAUGUGUCCGUCAUCUCUACCAUUUGAACCAUCCCGUCUCGCAAUUAAAGAAACCCAAUCAUCCUCAUCGUUGUUAACUUUAUUUAGUGAGUCCAUACCACUGCCACCACCACCACCACCAUUUUCAACCACAAGACCUACAGGGCCUCCAUCUCACCCUCCACCUCUCCCUGUCACAUUUGAUGAAGGUCCUUUAGUGCCUCCUGUCAAUGUAUCUACCAGUUGUCCUCUGCCUCCACCACCUCCUAGUCUUUCUACUAAAAGUAGUUCUAACCCUUUGCCUCCUCCUCCGCCACCUCCAUCUCCUCUUCCUGCCAUAUCAAAUAGGGACCCACCACCACCACCACCACCACCUCCUUUUCCUCCUCCUCCUCCUCCACCUCCCCCUACUAUUUCCAAUAAGAUUCCUCCUCUUCCUCCCCCUUCUAUGUCUACAAAGGCUCCUCCACGCCCACCACCUCCUCCUCCAAGUUUAAUUCAUGUUGACCUUGGUACGGGUUAUGGGCCUCCACCUGCAACUCCACCACCACCACCACCACCACCACCACCACCUACUAUGCCUAAUAAGAUUCCUCCUCCUCCCCCUGCCCCUUUUCCACCUGCUUUGUCUAAAAAGGGUCCUCCCCCCCCUCCUCCACCACCUCCUAGUCUUCCUACUAAAAAUAGUUCUAACCCUUUGCCUCCUCCUCCACCGUCUCCACCUCCUCUUCCUGUUAAAUCAAAUAGGGACCCACCACCACCUCCUCCUCCUCCACCUCCCCCUACUAUUUCCAAUAAGUUUCCUCCUCCUCCUCCCCCUUCUAUGUCCAAAAAGUGUCCCCCACCCCCGCCACCUCCUCCUCCAAGUUCAAUUCAUGUUGACCUUGGUAUGGGUCGUGGGGCCCCACCUCCAACUCCACCACCACCACGACCACCUCCAUCUACUAUUCCUAAUAAGAUUCCUCCUCCUCCUCCUGCCCCUCCUCUACCCACCGUGUCUAAAAAGGUUCCUCCUCCCCAUCCUCCUCCGCCACCUCCUCCUCCAAGUUCAAGUUGGGUUGACCUCAGUACUGCUUGUGGGGCUCCACCUCCACCUCCACCUCCCCCACCUCCUUUGAAUUCUGUACGACCAAGCCCUCCAGUCCCACCUCCUCCUCCUCCCUUGGUACCUAGCAACAGAGGGACUGUUCCUCUGCUGCCUUUUCAAGCAGCAAAACCUGCUGGGGUUGUGCCUCCUCCGCCACCCUUACAUGGAGGAAGUUGUGGAGUACCAGGUCCACCACAGCCUCCUGGAUCCAAGGUUUCAAAUGCACCAGCACCAUCCCCUCCAACAUUAAGUAGGGGAAAAAUUAGUUCAUCAAGUUUAGGAAGAGGUUGUGGAUCUACACAACCUGCUAGUGAACCAAAAAAGGCUUCAUUGAAGCCAUUACAUUGGGUGAAAGUUACUCGUGCAAUGCAAGGAAGUCUGUGGGCUGAUAAUCAGAAACAAGAGAAUCAGACAAGGGCCCCUGAGAUUGAUCUUUCUGAGCUGGAAAGUCUAUUCUCCACUAAUGUUGCAACUAAUGGAAGUGGGAAAGAUAAGGCUGGAACUCGACGUGGUUCUAGCAUCAGCAAGCCAGAGAUAGUUCAGCUGGUUGACUUGCGCAGAGCAAAUAAUUGUGAAAUCAUGCUUACAAAAAUUAAAAUGCCUCUUCCAGAUAUGAUCAAUGCAAUCUUAGCUCUGGAUGCUUCAGUUUUGGAUAUUGACCAAGUGGAAAAUCUGAUCAAAUUUUGCCCAACAAAAGAAGAAAUGGAGAUGCUGAAGAACUACACUGGCAACAAAGGAAUGCUUGGGAGAUGUGAGCAGUUUUUCAUGGAGCUCAUGAAGGUUCCUCGAGUAGAAUCCAAGUUAAGGGUCUUCUCUUUUAGGAUCACCUUCUCCACUCAGGUGAAGGAGUUACGAGCCAACUUGAAUACAAUCAAUGGUGCAUCUAGAGAGGUAAAAGAGUCUAUGAAGUUGCGACAAAUAAUGCAGACAAUUCUUACAUUAGGAAAUGCACUAAACCAAGGCACGGCACGAGGUUCUGCUGUGGGAUUCAGACUGGACAGCCUUCUUAAACUAUCAGAUACUCGUGCGAGAAAUAACAAAAUGACAUUAAUGCAUUAUUUAUGCAAGCUUCUUGCUGAGAAAAUGCCUGAGUUGCUUGAUUUUGAUAAAGAUUUGGUUCAUUUGGAAGCAGCCUCUAAGAUCCAAUUAAAGUUGGUAGCUGAAGAAAUGCAAGCAGUUAGCAAGGGUCUUGAAAAGGUCGAGCAAGAACUUACAGUUUCUGAAAAUGAUGGUGAUAUCUCCAUGGUCUUUCGGAAGGCCUUGAAAAGUUUUCUUGAUACUGCAGAGGCUGAUGUGAGGUCCCUUAUAUCAUUAUAUUCUGAAGUGGGAAGAAAUGCUGAUUCCUUAGCUCAGUAUUUUGGUGAAGAUCCAGCUCGUUGUCCAUUUGAACAAGUGAUAUCAAUUUUAGUUGUCUUUGUAAAUUUGUUCAACAAAGCACGUGAUGAGAAUGCUCGGUUAGCCGAAGUUGAAAAGAAGAAAAUGGAAAAGGAGGCCAUGAAAGACAAAGUGAAUGCUUCUGCUAAAAAGAAUUGAGCUGACGCUUGUAACCCAAGAUUUAAUUUCCCAAGGUGGAAACAAUACAUGAUCGACAGCCAUUUGCAGAGCUUAAUGGCCAUAAUAUCAAUGGUGGUAGAUCGACAAAGGGUUGAAUACGUUUUCAUUCUAUUGGAUCUGGACAGGAGAUUCACCAUGGAGUUGCUAAGUGUGUCGAGCUGUCUGGUGGAAGAUGCAAGGUUUUGGCUUUUAACGUUCCUGUUAAAAGCCCCCCCCAAGAAUGCAAUGGAUCGAGGUCUCAAUGGACACCAUGGACCGGAUCAACUGUAAUAUAACAGAACACGGGAACACUUCGUAGCUCUUGCAUAGGUGGCAUCAAACUGCUCCAUUGCUGGUCUAUGUGGAGCAUUUCUCUUGCAACCACCGUUUACAUGUUGACAAAAUCUUUAAUGUGAAUAGUUGGUUUGCAUGUACAUACGCUGUGUAGGUCAACAUACAGCCUGUAGUCAACAACGAUGCUGGCCAUUUUUACGUGUUUACAGGACAUCAGUCUUCAGACUCUUCCAUAAAAUUUCUGCCCCCGCCACCUACUCCCCCUUUGUGUUCUAAUUUGCAACGAGUCACCCCAUUCUAUGUGUGAAGUGGGAUCUUCUGUUGAAGUCAGAACAAGAGGCAGUCGUAUCUGCUACAGACAAUCCAAGUCCAUAGACAUUUCUGGAGAUGUGGAUUACCGGUUCUCUUUUCAGAUCUUGAAUUUAGUGGCAGUCCAUAAGAUAUUAGAAUUAAUGAUGCAGCAAAACUUUCCUGUGAUCUUCUUCAUAUUUCAGUGGUAAAGUAAAAUGAAGCUUAGGGAGAGGUUGGUCUAAAUCAAGCAAGUUGUGUCAAACAGUGUGAAAUAGUAUAUUAAAAUAUGUGGCAGAAGUUUGCCAUUUGGGCGAUAUUUGGUUUA